CUUACCGCCGGGCCGGGAAGGGGAAGUGACGUACGUCCGGUGUAAUGGCGGCGCGGUGGAGCGCCAGGUGUCAUUUGCAGAUAGUAAAUCUAAACUGCCAAGGAGUUCAUACUGUUCGGUACUUGUUAUUUGGACCAGCUUAAGGAGUCUUUGACAUAUCAGAUCAACUGGCAACAGAAAAUGAAAAGUAGCGUGGCACAAAUAAAGCAUUCUUCUAGUCAUGACAGAAGGGAGAACUAUAAUUCAUAUCAGAGGACCUCCUCUCCAGAAGACAGAUACACGGAACAAGAAAGAUCCCCUCGGGAUAGAGAUUACUUUGAUUACAGCAGGUCAGACUACGAGCAUUCAAGAAGAGGACAUUCUUAUGAUGAUAGCAUGGAGUCACGAAGUAGAGACCGAGAAAAACGCAGAGAAAGAGAUGUGGAUCGGAAAAGGUCCCGGAAAUCUCCAUCUCCUGGGAGAAGAAGCCCAGAACCAUUGGUAACCCAGAGUUCCUCUGCUCAGGAUGAACCUACUGCAAAGAAGAAGAAAGAGGAGCUGGAUCCUCUUCUUACUCGCACUGGUGGAGCAUAUAUUCCUCCUGCAAAGCUUAGGAUGAUGCAAGAACAGAUUACAGAUAAAAACAGCUUAGCAUACCAGAGGAUGAGCUGGGAAGCCCUAAAGAAGUCCAUCAAUGGUCUGAUCAACAAAGUCAACAUUUCCAAUAUUGGUAUUAUUAUUCAAGAACUUCUUCAAGAAAAUAUAGUUAGAGGAAGAGGCCUGCUAUCCAGAUCUGUUUUGCAAGCACAGAGUGCUUCUCCAAUCUUCACCCAUGUUUAUGCAGCAUUAGUGGCAAUUAUCAACUCAAAAUUUCCACAAAUUGGAGAAUUAAUCCUCAAAAGGUUAAUUCUUAAUUUUCGAAAAGGCUAUCGGAGAAAUGAUAAGCCACUUUGUCUGACAGCUUCAAAAUUUGUGGCACAUCUUAUUAACCAAAAUGUGGCUCAUGAAGUUUUAUGCUUAGAAAUGCUCACUUUGCUCCUGGAAAGACCAACAGAUGAUAGUGUUGAAGUAGCUAUUGGUUUUCUUAAGGAAUGUGGUCUCAAAUUAACACAAGUGUCACCAAGAGGAAUCAAUGCUAUAUUUGAACGCCUUCGAAACAUUCUCCAUGAGUCUGAAAUUGACAAAAGAGUUCAGUAUAUGAUUGAAGUGAUGUUUGCUGUAAGGAAGGAUGGAUUCAAGGACCACCCUGUUGUCCUAGAAGGACUUGACUUAGUGGAAGAAGAUGAUCAGUUCACCCAUAUGCUCCCUCUGGAAGAUGACUAUAAUCCAGAAGAUGUUCUUAAUGUUUUCAAGAUGGAUCCUAAUUUUAUGGAGAAUGAAGAGAAGUACAGAACCAUUAAGAAGGAAAUUCUUGAUGAAGGAGAUAGUGACUCAAACACAGACCAAGAUGCUGGGAGUAGUGAAGAGGAGGAGGAAGAAGAGGAGGAAGAGGGAGAAGAAGAUGAAGAAGGACAAACGGUGACUAUUCAUGACAAAACAGAAAUUAAUCUAGUCUCAUUUCGUCGUACAAUUUAUCUUGCUAUUCAGUCAAGUUUAGAUUUUGAAGAGUGUGCUCACAAAUUGCUGAAAAUGGAGUUUCCUGAGGGUCAAACAAAAGAACUCUGCAACAUGAUACUUGACUGCUGUGCCCAACAAAGGACAUAUGAGAAAUUUUUUGGCUUAUUAGCUGGGCGAUUUUGCAUGCUAAAAAAAGAAUACAUGGAAUCCUUUGAAAGUAUAUUCAAAGAACAAUAUGAUACCAUCCAUCGCUUGGAAACAAACAAAUUGAGAAAUGUUGCUAAGAUGUUUGCUCACCUCUUAUACACCGAUUCACUUCCAUGGAGCGUUCUUGAAUGCAUAAAGCUGAGUGAAGAAACCACUACGUCAUCCAGUAGAAUUUUUGUGAAAAUAUUUUUCCAAGAGCUGUGUGAAUACAUGGGUCUUCCUAAACUUAAUGGAAGAUUAAAGGAUGAAACUCUACAGCCAUUCUUUGAAGGAUUAUUACCCCGAGAUAACCCAAGAAACACUCGGUUUGCCAUCAACUUCUUUACUUCUAUAGGUCUUGGCGGUUUAACGGAUGAAUUGCGUGAGCAUCUCAAAAAUAUACCAAAGGUCAUCGUGGCACAAAAACCAGAUGUUGAGCCAAAUAAAUCCUCCCCCUCCUCUUCCUCCUCUGAGUCUGACUCCUCUGAGUCUGACUCCUCUGCCUCUGAUUCGGACAGCAGCGACAGCAGUUCAGAGUCUUCUAGUGGAGGAAGUGCUUCUUCAUCCGCCAGUAGUCAGAGCUCAGCCUCAGAUAAAGAUGUAAGAAAGAAGGGGCAAGGGAACCACAGAAGGAAAGAAGUAAAUAAAUUGAUCAGGAAACAACACACGAAUGAUAGGAAACAAGAAGAAAGGAGACCAGAGCAACGGCAGCAGGAAGCGAGGACCGAGAGAGAAAGGAGGUCAGAGAAACCCAGAGACAGAGAUUCAAGAGAUCCCGUAACAAAGUACACGUCAGACAGAGGGCUUCCUUCUGAGCGAAACAGCUACAGCAGAGCCAUGAAAGACAGAGACCAAGAAAUGUACAUGGAUUUGGAACAUAAUCUUGGGGAUCCCAGAAAGAAAAGAGGAGAGAGAAGAAAUUCCUUCUCUGAAAAUGAGCACAAAUACCGAAAUAAGGACAGUGAGAAUUUUAGAAGAAAGGAUAGGUCCAAGUCAAGAGAAAAGGAUAAAAAACAUUCAGCCUCUAGAAGUGAUGAAGAUAGGUAUCAGAAUGGUGCUGAGAGGCGAUGGGAAAAAUCUAGCCGAUACUCUGAACAAUCCAGAGAAUCAAAGAAAAAUCAGGACCGGCGAAAAGAAAAGUCUCCAACAAAGCAAAAAAAAUAAUUCUGCAAAAUUACAGAAACUGAACAUGCCUUAUAUUCAGUUGAAACAAAUUAUUUUUUACAUUGAUUGACAACCUUUGUAGCUUGUAUAAAGUACUGGUUUGUAUUUGUACAUUUAAAAAAUGCUUUCAUUUAAAAAAAUGUUUUGUAAUUGAUACAUCUCAAGGCCCUCCACAUAAAAUUAUUUGAAAAGUUUCACCAGAGAGGGAUGUAAUUCUUGCCAAUAUUUUGUUAAUAAAAUGAUCAAAUGCUCAUUGAAUCAGUGAUUUUUUUCCAUUGACAAA